CUCCCUAUCAUUCUGAUGAUGUACUUAUUGUAUGAAUGAAUAAAUCAAUAUGCAAGAAAAACUAGUUGAGGGUUGAAAGCCAUAUUAUUAUAUCUCGAAUCAGGGUGGAUGAAAUCUUAUGAAUCAGGAUGAAUUCAAUAAGAAGUGAUCAAACUGGGAGUAUUCAUAUGUGGAUAAUACAUAAAUCUUCAGAAGUGUUAUUUAUUAUCGUUUUUGCGAAGAGUGGUUCUCAGCUUUGAGCUUCAUGCGACUUUCCCAAAAUUUAAUUAAUGAAUGGAUAUGAAUCCAUUAGAUGUUUCAUUCAACUAAAAUAAUAUUCAAUAUGAAUCUAUUAGAUGUUUCAAUUCAUUCAAUAUUUUAAUCAUUUUAUAAUAGGAAUGAAUACACUAGGGGUGACCACAGCGGAGAAGGAAAGGAGAUAUAUUAGGGAAGGAUGCGUGCUUGGCUUCAUGGGGGGCACCACUGAAUAUAUUCAAUGCAUUGAGAAGGCGUGGAGAUCUGCAAGGCUGAGGCAACGACAACCUACCCCUUCAAAAUGGAAAUAGCAAUGUGGUAAGACAAAAAAUUGACAAAUUUUGUCGAUUGGUAUUAAUCUAUAAUUCCAGUUCCAGUUCCAGCGUGAUUAUCUACUUUCAAAUAUUCUGAAUACGACUGCAGUCCAAGAUAUAAUACUUUUAAGAGUAUAAUUGGUGGUGGAAAUCACUUUUGAAAGAUCUAAAUAGUAAAAUAACAAAUUCAUGAUAAUGUAAUAACAUUACUAAUCCAAGAAGCUUGUAACCCGGAACUUUCCAGAUUCAAUACAAAUCCUCAAUCAAUCUAUUUUCUCAGCAAAACUGCUAUUUGUACUACUCAAAGCAAGUAUAAUAUUUUGAAUGAUAAUGACUACCUUAAAGAGAACUGAAUUCCUGGAACAAUAGAGUCUUCUUCUUAUUCAUUACACGUCGAUAUCAAUUUUUCAAGAUGUUUAGUGCAAGCCUGCUCGUAGAAGCUCUUUUGUUGGUACAGAUCUCCUUGUCUCAUCAAAUCAGAAAUCUCAGCCAGAAUAAUUCCCUCUUUCUUCCCCAAUCAGCAAAGACAACAAAGAUUCCCCUCAGAUUCCAGAGCACUAGUGAUCUCUCAUUACGUCAUCAAAAAGCUCAAUGAACAGAAAGCUGCUGACCCCUCGGGAAAUGUCUAACUCAAUGAUGAGAGGGGGAAUCGCAGAUCUCUGCUUUCGCUCUGCAAGGCUUCAAUGUGUUUCAGCAACUCAACGCCCUUGACUACUUGCAGCAAAUUAAUAACCUACGCCUACUUUCUGCGCAAAGCUAAUAUUAGUCUUUAAUAACAGCCGAAAAUCAGAUAGGGCCAUUAAAUAUUACUGCUUCUCUGUAUGAAUUUUAAAAUGCCACCCACCUCAACGUUACGCUUGUCAGGAUUGGCUUCAUGGAACCAUGAACAAAUGUUUAUUAUCAUUCAGUGAUUCUGGACCGCCGUAAGGAUAAUCAAUAAUAAAAUGGGUACAUUGAUACUACAUAUUCUCAAGUAUACAUCACUAAAAAAUAAUAUCCUAUCAUUGACGCAAAUCAGAAAGAAUUUCACCAUAACCAUAAACAGUAUUAUGAUGAAUAGUAUUAUUUUCAACGACUUGUAGUUUGAGCUUUCAACAACUUGUAGUUUGAGCUUGACAUGACAAUAUUCGAUAUGAAUCAACAUAUUAAGCAUCGCGUCUUUAAAUGAAUUACCAAAACGUUGAUAAGUUGGUAAUUAUAUUUUCUGUCUCACCUGGAAGGAUUUAAGAAGGAUGGUAAGAUUGAACAAUAAUUACUCGACUUACAAAUAAUAAUAAUCACAAAAUAUAAUAAUUAUAACAAACUAUGGAGGAUAAAGGUUAGUUUUAAUCAAGGUACAUUAUACAAACUGUGUUUAGAUGAGUUUCAAACUGUGUCAGAAAAUAGAUACAGUGCUGGAAUUGGCAGAAAGUUUGCCUGUAUUCUCUGUACUUCCAAAAUUGAUAAUCAUUCUUAUUUAAACUAUUUCUCUCCUUCUGUAUCCUGGUUCGGAAUCAAACUACUACUAUUCAUUCACGGAUUCUUGAUGUUUCCCUGAACGAUUUAGUAGUCUUGUAAUCAGUAGGGAAUACAAUUUUAAAUAUGAUACUAAGAGCAAAAAAAAAUUCUGGCCGCUAGAAAUGGAAUUGAAUUCCAUUAGGCAAUUUUUACAGGGUUUUGAUAAGUUUCGAGUGAUAAUGGAUCUACAGAAAGAAAAAACAAAAUCCACUAUUUGAUAGGCAAAUAUUCUGAAAAAUAAUGCCUUUUUUGAACCCCAACAGGUCGUAAAUAUUAAUCAAGAAGUGCAGUUUUAGGCGACAGUUACGAAGCAGUGAACAACGCACUCUCCCCAAAUUGGAAGUGACAGCCUAUUACCGGGCCAAUAUUCGUCAAUUUUUCAAAAUUAACCUGUUAGUGCGAAUGACACUCGUCAUCACUUCCAAGCGAUUUUUUCGAGUAAUCGCCGCGCGGAACGCCACAUCAAAUAAAUUAACCCAGCCGUCGAAUUCAGUAGGUGACCGUUGAAGGUGAUUACUCUCGUAACUCGUAACUCGUAACUCGUAACUGGUAACGGGCUCCGAUAAAUUAAAACAUCGCAGCGAGUGGAAACAACACAGAAAAACUGCUCCAAUUCAUCAUCAUCUCCAUUCAUGUGGAAAAUCUGCACAUAAGUACCCUCCAAUCAACUACCUUGAAAUCUGUGACCUGGAAGCGCUAAUUCAUUAGAUUAUCACACUACCAUGAUUUCAAAGGUGGGUUUCUAUUCCAGUUACUGGUUAGACCAUUAGAGGCUAUUUUUCAAGUGAUUAGUUAAUGUGGAGGCAUAUAUAUAGUAGGUAAGACCAAAACACUUGUAUGGUGAGUAAUUUUAUUAUAUCAAUACGACAUAGAUUAUUGUAUUCAACAUUAAUGACUUCCUUGUUCAUCUCCGAAGAUUAAUUCAAUAGUUGUGUUUGAAAACUUCAAGCACUUUAUAAGCAGUUGUUUCGUAAAUUUAGGAAAUUUCAUACUGGGGAAUAUUGAGCAAUUAUUGCAAAACUUUUUUCCGUCGAAUGCGUGUCUGUAGUGAUGGUCAACACUCAUCUGACUUAUCCACUGUAUUUCGUGAUAAUCUUAUCUGUUUUUGGGAAUCCACUCAUUUGUCUCGUAUAUCCAUCCAAAAGCUCAUGAGCCAUUUACUCUACAUCGUCGAUUAAAAUGAUCCUGCAAUAGGAAAUAAAUACAAAAAGUUAAACUUCAGGAUUAAUUCCAAAAUAAAAACGGAAUAUACAAAACUGGGAACAGGAUGAGUGUUUCGAAUCACAUUUCCUCAUCCGAUCCACGCAUUCAAUAGUCUAAAAAAAGGAGUAUUACUGAUAAGACCAACAUGAAACAGUAUCAGAUCAGCAUGUAAAAUUGCAGAACUCUUAUUUCAAAAUAAGAGUGAUGAUUGGUAAAAAUUAUUUCUCGUUGAUGUCUGAAGGAAAUGAAUAUUUUAUGAGUUCUGAACCCCUCGAGAUGAUGAGUCAGAGCGAAUCUUCCAGAAGAGCAGAGUCCAACUGCUCAGCUAGAUAAAUUCAAUCUAGCUUCCAGCGAAGUUUAUCUUUCAAUUGAACUCAACAAUCACUUCAAGCAAGAGUAAUAGCACCUCGAAUGAUCAUUCCUAUUUCUGUGAACUUCACAUUCACAUCCAUCCCUCAUUCAGAGAGAGAAUUUUCCAGAUUGAAGAGCUUAAAGCAACGUUUUCAAUGAUGGAUAGUAAAAUCAGUAUUUGAUUAGAAAAUUUGGAAUUUGACCCCUGAAUCCAUCUCUGUUAUCCUUAUGCUUCAUUACUCUGUAGAAAGAAGCGAUUUUUCUACAACAUUCUACGUGAAGUCCAGUUUUCUCAGAGUAAUAAUAAUUAAAGAUUGAUUAGGUGUUGAUGAAUGAGGCUGGAAUGUUGGAAGGUGAACAGUGAGCAGUGAGCAGUGAGCAGUCUGUAGGGAACAGAAUGACACCUGCACGAUGGAUGAGAUCCCUUGAGCUCUCUCUGUCACCGAAUUGCUAACCGUAAAGAUUCCUUCUCAUCCCACCUCUUUCAUCAUUUACUUUCUCUCUUCAUAUUCCUCUCUUUUCACACCCAUGAGACCUGCCAGCCUCGUGCCACACAAAAUUAGAGCGCACAGCAAUCCAAGGUUUUAAUCGAAAAAUUAUACGGGUAGCGCUGAUAAAAGCAGUUUCCCCCUUAUUUUAUUCAAGCAAUUUAAGUUAUUGCUGGCAGUUCAGACAAAAUGAAAUCAAGCGCAAAAACCUCAGAAGUUUACUUAGGGAUUCAUGGCGUCUGACACUUGCAUGAGUCAUUCAUUAUCAUGGUAUUGAGCUUGACUUGAUUACUCUGGUGAUUUCCAAGUCGAUCAUUCCAGGGACCAGCUCCUUGUGCGUUAAAAAACUGCAUAAAAUAACUUGUUACUUUCUUCCCAUAUAAAUCUGUCCAAUAAAAGAGACUUGAGAUAUUUUCAAAAAAUCCACAUUAUUUAAAUAAAAAUUAUUAAUUCAUAGGAGCAUGCUCUCGUGUGUGCUCACACAUCAGCAAAUUCACUCUACAAACUCAAUAUCUGUUUAUCAUAGAGAAAGAGGAGGUCGCAGUUUGUCUAGUUAUUAUUGGCCUGGUCCUUUUUCUACAUGCUCUGCCAUUUCUUGAACUGAAUUAAUAACAAUUCAUGAGCAUCGUGUAAUGCUAUUGAGAGAGUGUAACAAGUUCGAUUGCCACUUUAAUGAAUUACCGUACUUUAAUUCUUAAAUUACAUCAGUCAAUUUCAGUUCAUAUACAUAUUCAACUUUGGUAGUUUUAUUUCCUGGUUGUUAAUAUUUUUUUUGAUAACAUCUAGGUAUCAUAUUCCUCUGAUCUAAAAUCAAGAUCAGAUUUUUAAAAUAGCGUUAUUUUUGAAGGAUUAUGAGACUCCGACUACAGUAAAAUGGGAGCGUUACAUUACUAUAGAGUUGAAAGAAGCUUGAAAUAGAUUAGUUAUAUGCAUUCUACUCCAGAUUGGUGUGGUAGAACACCCAGUAGAUUCAACAUACACCUGAACCUGUUUCCACAACUUAGGAAUACCCACAUCUGUAGGUUUAUCACCUCACCGUUUGCCUCAAGGUGUUUACCUCAAAAUGAUACAUUAUAUAACUGGAACAUCUGGUAUUUGGCGAGGUGGGAAAUCCGUUGAGUCUCUCCGACUCAUAUAAUGAUAAUAACUGUAAAAAAACGUAAAUGAAGAAGUCAGUGAACUUUAGUACUGGUAUUUUACAAUCGGAGAAAUUUGUGAUAGCCUAGGUGAAUUUAUUCAUCAUAUUAUUAGUAAUUUUCGGUAUAUUAUUAUUAAAGAAUCUUAUGGAAUUGUGAUAAUCGGAACUAUUUGUAAUAGAUUGGGAAUCAAUAUUGAUGAAAUGAUUGUGAAUUGUAACGGAAACAAUGAACGAGGAGUCAGCAGUAUGAAGCCAGCCAGUGCAGGCCGCUCUCGCUGCUGUAUCUUUCUAACUCUAGUUAAUUUCUCAACUAAUUUCUCUCUCUGAAAAGUGGCGUGAUUUUCCGAGUGACCAGCAAGGAAAAUUAGGUCUUGAAAAGGCAGUCAUGGCCGAGCAUUAGAUUGAAACACAGCCUGGACGGGUUCCAGAGGCCAAGCAGAAGACUCAAAAAUGUUCGUAAAAGUGAUCUUUUUGUUAAUUGUGAUCGUGCAAGGAGGAUUGAGUGGCUUGACAAGUUUACUGGCAGCGCUUGGAAUAAUAAAAUUCAAGAUAGUGUUGUCGCUGAUCACCGCCUUCUUCAUAGUGGCUCUGAUCUCGAAGCUGUUAGGUGGCAUUGGCACAAUCACAUGCAGCAGCCUCGGAGUGGCCUGUCCGCCCGGUGUUGCCGCUUUCUCAGCCUACUCCACCUACAACCCCGACUACAACAGCUUCGAGAUAUACCGGGGCAAAUCCAACAGUCCAAGCAUUUUUGACUCGCUCUAUAAACGGAUUGAUGUGAUGGACAUGAGCUUCAGAAUGUUUGGCAUCGAGGAUGAUAUAUGCCGGAAGAAAUUCGUAUGUUUGGCUGACAAUGAGGCCAAAGGCAAUCGAAUAUUUGAAUAUGCACUGCAGCUGCUAGGAAGCAAUUUGGCAAAAUACAGAGAUUUCGAUCCACGAUCACCAGAGAGGAGGGAUUGCAGGCAGCUGUACCCACAAUGCACCACGGUUUUACCAAGUGAAAACAAUGACAAUGAUUCCCUAAAACAGGUUAAAUAUUACAAGAGCAACUCGAUUGGAUAGUGUUGAAAAAUGUCAAUUAAAUACAAGGAAAAAGUU